UGAUCAUUUUAUUUGCAAAAGUUAACGAUCUUCGUAACACUAUCAAAUGGACCAACAAAACUAUACCGUCUUUCUUGAAGUUGUAGCUGUAUUAUUCAUAACAUAUUCUUUAACCUCCAUCACUAAAACCCGUAAAAACAAUCCCGCGCCUGAAGCAACGGGCGCUUGGCCUAUAGUAGGCCAUCUCAAUCUUUUUGGAGGAUCAUCGAAUCCUCCCCAUAUAGUAUUAGGGUCCAUGGCCGUUAAAUAUGGACCCAUAUUUACCAUUCGGCUUGGAGUACGUAAAGUAUUGGUAGUGAAUAGUUGGGAGAUUGCUAAGGAGAUUUUCACUAUCCAUGAUGCUAUAGUUGCUUCUCGUCCCAAAUUUAUGGCAGCUAAGCUUUUGGGAUAUAACUACGUCAUGUUUGGAGUUUCACCUAAUGGUCCAUAUUGGCGAGAAAUGCGAAAAAUCACCUCUCUUGAGCUGUUAUCAAGCCGUCGCUUGGAGCAACUUAAACAUAUCCGUGUUUCUGAACUAAAGCAUUCUAUCGAAAACUUGUAUGAGCAGUGGAGGGAAAAGAGAGAUGGGCAGGGGAAAGUGUUGGUGGACAUAGUGAAAUGGUUUGGAGAAUUAGAUAUGAAUGUCAUGCUUAGAAUGGUUACUGGGAAACGGUACACCGAUGAAGAACAAGAUAUGGAUAGGUUUCGGGAUGUCAUAAGAGAGUUCUUUUAUCUGUUGGGCCUUUUUGUGGUGGCUGAUACCCUUCCUUUCCUAGGAUGGUUAGAUAUUGGUGGUCAUGUAAAGGCCAUGAAAAGAGUUGCCAAAGAUAUUGAUUUUAUGUUUAGCAAAUGGUUGGACGAGCAUAGAACGAAGAGGAAUUCUGGAGAGGCUAUUGGUGAAAAAGACUUCAUUCAUGUGAUGAUCUCGGCUGCAGAAUCCGGAGGUUUCGCAGAUUAUGAUGCUGAUGCGGUUAUCAAGUCUACUUGUCUGGAUAUAAUUGCAAGUAGUGCAGAUACUAUCACGGUGAUGUUAACAUGGACUCUUUCGUUGCUAUUGAACAAUCCUCAUACUCUUCGAAAGGCUCAAGAAGAAAUAGAUAGCCAUGUUGGGAAGGACAGACAAAUUGAUGAUUCAGAUAUUAACAAUCUAGUAUACCUCCAAGCUAUUGUAAAGGAGGCACUGAGGUUAUAUCCAGCUGCACCUUUAGGAGCUGCAAGAGAAUUUUCAAAAGAUUGCACUGUUGCUGGCUACCAUGUCCAAAAAGGAACAUGGUUGAUGGUUAAUAUAUCAAAUUUACAACGUGACCCCAAAAUCUGGUCAGACCCAUCAAUGUUUAGACCCGAGAGGUUUCUUGCCCAGACUCAUAUGAGUGUAGAUGUUAAAGGGAGAAGCUUUGAGUUGAUCCCUUUUGGUGCUGGGAGAAGGUACUGUCCUGGGAUAGCUUUAGCCCUUCAAAUGUUACAUAUAGUUCUAGCUACUUUGCUACAAAAUUUCGACAUGUCUACACCCAAUGAUGAACAAGUAGAUAUGACCGAGAGUGCUGGACUGAUAAAUGCCAAGGCAUCUCCACUGGAAAUUCAAAUCACGCCGCGUUUGCCAUCCAUUAUAUGGUAAUAGAAUAUAUAUGUGUAUAUCUAUAUGCACUUAUCGUUACAUGUAACCACCGAUAUGGUAGCUUUACUGGUAAGACAUCCUGAUCGGAAGUUUGGGAAAAGACCUAUCUUUAUUAGAACCUCACGACCCAUUAGGUUGUGUACAUCAGAGCCAAAGUUUACUCAGAAGAGCGAUCCCUCUCCCCUUACCCCUUUCCUUACUGUUAUAUGUAUUAAAGAAAGUAAUUUCCUAUUUGAUGUUUCCUUAUUUACUAAGUUUCAAGUUUGAGUUGUAAGCCUAUUUGAGAGACCUAAAUCAGAUAACUCUGUGUUUGUUGCUC